CGCCCAGGGUGGCCCUUUCUUAGAUUCUCUCAGAUCUCUCUCUCUCUCUCUCUGAAGAAGAAGAAGAAGAAGACGAAGAAGGAAGCAUGUCGACGCCGGCGAGGAAGCGGCUGAUGAGGGAUUUCAAGCGGCUGCAGCAGGACCCACCGGCCGGAAUCAGCGGCGCUCCUCACGACAACAACAUCAUGCUCUGGAACGCUGUCAUUUUCGGACCCGAUGAUACUCCCUGGGACGGAGGUACGUUUAAGCUAACUCUGCAAUUCACAGAAGAUUACCCAAAUAAACCACCAACAGUUCGAUUUGUCUCAAGGAUGUUUCAUCCGAACAUCUAUGCGGAUGGGAGUAUAUGCUUGGAUAUUUUACAGAAUCAGUGGAGCCCUAUAUAUGAUGUUGCGGCUAUACUAACUUCUAUCCAGUCAUUGCUUUGUGACCCAAACCCAAAUUCUCCUGCAAAUUCUGAAGCAGCUCGAAUGUUCAGCGAGAACAAGCGGGAGUACAACAGAAAAGUGCGCGAAAUUGUGGAGCAGAGCUGGACAGCUGACUGAUUCCAACAAAAGCACCUACUUGUACUGUGCCAGAAAAUAAGUCAGGAUGUGGUGCUGGUAGCUUCCCCAUACCCUUUGUAUUCAGAACAAUAUGAACAAUAUGCUUUGUGUGCCUUGCUUUUAGAGAAAUGCUUUGAAUGCCUUGCCUUUUGCUUUUAGACUGAUCUCCUUGAAGUCUUGAUUGUCCCCAUUCAUUCUUGUUACAUCAAGUUUGACCUAUCCAAGUUUUAAGUUAAUUAUAGGAAUUGUGUUUGUUAAUGUCUCGAAGCAUUGGCAGUGGGGUUUUGUACUUCACUUAGGGGGGAAAUCAAGGUACACUUCUGGUGUAAUAUCUGGAACUGCUCUGACAAUUAUGAUUUGAUAUUUUUAGGAAUUUGCUUGAUUUUCAUGUUA